AUGCCAGAGCAGACGACACAGUCUCGUAAACGUCAGAAGACGCCCAAGACGGCGACUUUUCACCCAUAUGCCAUUCCUGCAUCCUUGUCAUUGCAGGUGGUGAGCCACCCUCUGAAAAUACGUCCCGCUGGGAAUUUGCUGCUCGCCGGAAAGGAGACGGAAGAAAAGCUGCGUAUGUCGAUGGGCGACUUUCACAGAUUCCCAGAGCAGCUGAUCAUGGAUAUUCUUGGAUUUCUAGACUCAGCCACUGACUUGGGACAUGUGAUGUGUGUCUCCCGAUUUUUCUACGCCUUUACCAGCUCUGACGAGCUAUGGAAGCAGAUAUAUCUUAAGGGAGAGAAGUUUGACCGCUGGCUGGGAAGCUGGAAAGAGAGCGUUCUCAGAUGCAAGCAGAGCGCCAUAGACUGCAGCAUCGUGCACUCAGACUUGCUAUUUGUUCCGUAUCAAAAUUCCCAGGUCGACUAUUCCAAGCUUUUCGAAAAUAUCAUAAUUACAGAAAACAAGCGCAGACACCAGGUCGUGCCGGCUUCUGCCAAUAUUCCAUACGACCUUUCCAUCCCGCGGCUCGACGAGGAUACCAUGACCCCCUCGCUUUUCUCCUCGCGCUUCCAUGACCGCCCAUUUAUUCUCAAGUCCACCAAUCCUGCUCGCUGGCCAGCGUGGACAAUAGACACACUCACAGCCCGCUUCCCAGGCACAACUUUCCGCCAGGAGUACGUGCAGUGGCCGCUAAAACUGUACGCCGAGUACUGUGCCAGCAACCAGGACGAAAGCCCGCUGUAUCUGUUUGACUGCAACUCCGAGGCCAUGAAACAACUCAAGACAGAGUUUGUGUGUCCCGGCGUUUUUUUCCGAGGACAUGUUUGA